CGAGGGCGACGAAGUUAAAGUGGAAAUCACCUGGUACCCGGAGGUAAGCAUUAUUGAUGAGAUUGACAAGGAGGAAUUUACUACUGCGGCAGGACCAAGUGGCACAGAUGUGGUAAGUAUUGAAGGGACUGGCGAGCAGCCAGAACCAGAACAAACCAGUGUUGGGAUUGGCGAGGAAGAAAGUCGCCUAUCUAAGCUCAAAAUGAUGCCUGGCCAUCUAUGUGAAGUAGUGUACACCAUCGGAGAUGAAUUGUCAUUCAUGUCAUUCAUGAUGGAGCUACGACGCAUUCUCGCCAACCACCCAGACCAUGAGGAUAUCUUGGAUCGCCACUACGACUCAAAUCUUUCCUCCACCCGAGAACACCCAUUGCUCCCCAAGCAGCGUGCUGAACAACCCGCGAGGUGGCUUCACAUCAAGCUGCAAGUGAAGGAGGAAACAUCGACAACCCUACUCAUGCGGGAUGACAACUUGUACAUCUGUGGCUUCAUGAACCAGCAAGGAGUUUGCUAUGAGCUUCUCGACGAUUGGGACAGUGAGAAAUUGCUCCCAAGUGAAUACAAUUCUAAACGCCUACAUUGGGGUGUCAAAUACAGAACCAUUCUGGAUGUCGCAGACAAUGAAAAGGCCGUGAAAAUACUGGGAUCCAUUGGGCAGCUGGACAUAAGGAAUUUCAUGGUUAUCGCUGUGAGCGUGCUUUCACACUACCCAGAAUGUUGGACGGACUGUGGUAUGAACCCCAGGGUGGCGCUGGCGGGACUGAUCCUCAUGGUUUGCGAGUGUGCAAGGAUGAAUGCUUUCUAUGACUCCAUUGCAGAUAAAUGGAGCGAGUCGGACAAAAUGGAUCUCCGCUUGGAUGAUGUGUGGAAAUAUGUGGAGAUGUCAUAUGGUCUGCGGAAGUGGAAGAGUAGAAACUACACCGAAGUGCCGGCGCCCCUCCGUUCAUUAAAAGCCAUUUACCUAGUGCUCAACAGCCGACUACCUCUAGGUCUAGGGGGUGAGUACGGCAGCAACAGCCGACCUCGGGUAGAGUUGUUGACCAUGCGUGCCGACCUUGGAGUCGUCGGCACGAAAAUCAUCGUCUACGAUGGGAAACGAGGCCAGGUCAUAUACACGAAGAGGGAGCAAGGCAAGCAGGAAAUGGUCGAUUUGGUGUUGACUGGACCCAACAUAGGCAUCUCAGCGCUUGGGUGCUUUGCUAUCAAAGUUGACAUCCCAGGCACCGCCACUGCAGGUAGCAGCAGAGGUGAUGCCGGUGGUCCCAUCGAAUGGGAAUGGGAUUGCUAUGACCCUGCUGAAGUUGGCGACAAACCAAAAACCGUGACCCGCACCAUCAGCUCUUCGGGCCCCGGUCGCAACGUAGAGGUCACGUAUGCGGUGAUGCCUGACGCUCUUGAGGCUACUGUGCAGGUCAAGCUGCGGCUCAAAGAUGAGCACAGCCAUAGCGUUCACGGUAACAUCAAAGCACGCCCACGCCCACACAUCGCUGACUUUAAAGCCUGGAGUGUCGUCCUCUUCAGGCGAACAAAGGGGAUGGGUCAGCGUUUCUCCCCCACUGAUUCCCGGUUCCUUCAGCUAGCGCGGUCUGUUGUUGGGGUGCCACGUGGUCGGGAGCUUCACAUAGAGGUGGACCUGCAGAUUGAAACUUCCAACAUCCAAGGGUGCAAGCCUUUGAAAGUUCAUUUCUACUUCGAAGCAGGUCAAAAUCAUUGGCGUAGUCUUGUUAACGGCGACGAAAUUGAAGUGAAUGUCACCUGGUAUCCAGCAGAUCCAGAUCGGCAAGCGCAGACCCACCAAAUAAUGCCUCAGCGACGACCUGACGUAUCGUACAUCAUUGGGGAUGAAGGAGGGUUCAGUAGAUUCAUCGAGGGGCUGCGUAACACUGUGGCGGACCAUCCAUCACGCCGCGAGGAUGUCUUAGACAACCUAGAUCCCUCCAAACGAGACCAUCCAGUGAUGAUCUCCGAGGAACGCCUAAGGUGGCUUGAAAUCAAGCUGCAAGUGCAGGGCGAGGAGACGUCGACAACCCUAGCAGUUCAGGCUGACAGCUUGGAAGUCAUAGGCUUCAUGAACCAGAAAGGAAAUUGGUACGAACUCUACAGGCGGAGGCUCCCAGGCAAUUACAAAUCACAACUUCUAGACUGGGGCACAAGUUUGAGAGAGAGUAGCAACUACACAGAAAUACUGGGGGCCGAAAACAAGGAGGAAGUCGUGGAGAUACUGAAGUCCGCGAGGCUGGGCAAGACCUUCGCAGCGGACGCCGUGCGCGUGCUGUCGCACUACACAGCUGUGGCGGAUGGUGACAACCCCAGCAGUGGCGGAGCCAGGAUUGAGCUUCAGGAGGGGAUCUCCUCUUCUUCCUCCUCCUCUUGCCUCCCCUUCCCUCGUUCUUUCUUCUCAAAUUUGCAGAGAAGGCUUAGAAGGGGCUCCAUGGAAUUCCCAGUGACUCGAGGGGCUCGAGCCUCCCCAGACCCACCGCUGUAUCCGCUCAGGCUGGCGCUAGUGGGCCUGAGCGUCAUGGUCUGCCAGUCCGCGAGGAUGAACCGUCUCCACGACGCCAUUGCAGGUGGCUGGGAAACCGGGGCGAGAUUCACCACGCAACUGCUGGAUUACAUAGAGAAUUGGGAGGAAAUAUCAAGGGCUCUGCUGGUCUGGAAGGAUCACAGCUACGAAGCAUGGAUCAAAGAUGAGCGGCUUGAGAGGAUUGGAAUCAAGAGCCCGGAAGAAGCACUGGACGUCGUUCACCUCGUGUGCAGAGUUCCAAUCCGGGGGAAAGAACUAGAACGAAGCGUGUAUACGUAUGAUUCCUCGUGUGCAGAGUUCCAAUCCGGGGGAAAGAACUAGAACGAAGCGUGUAUACGUAUGAUUCCUUCUAGGGCCGUGGUGGAGGAACCUGCAGCAGGGUGGAGCCGCCGUGCAUGGUCGCUGCGCCAAAUCAGGUUAUUUAAUUGUUUCCCCCCUUUUCUUGUGACAAAUCAGCAUUAUCGAUCGUGUGCACCCUGCGUUUUUUGUUGCCAAAUCCAUCCGUUACCCUUUCGUUUUCGUCUUUAUUUAUUCUUCUUUCACAAAUCAAAUAGAGCAUGCCGUCCCGUGGAGCUAGCAUAUGUGUGAUCAUUUAAUAAGGCCGGUGGGUGUUUGGUUUGAUCCGGCCUGUAAACCCGACAGUACGUAACAAUGCAAAUGUAAACCGUAUGUAUUUUUUGUUUCAGCAUGUAAUGUAACGGUUUGCGAUAACAAUAAUACUGCUGCUCCAGUGCUCGUUAUCUUUGU